UUUCCCGAGGAAGGAAACGCCCCGAAGAGGAGCAUAACAACAGAGAGUAAAAGCCCUUUUAAACUAGCCGCUGUCCUCAUUUCCCCCAACACACGUUUCCAUUCCAAGUUCGUUUUAACCAGCACUUACCACAAUGGGGAAUGCAUUUUUUGGGCUCUUUAAAUCCUUCUUGAAGAAGGAGAUGAGGAUCCUCAUGGUGGGCCUGGAUGCUGCUGGAAAAACAACUAUUUUGUACAAGCUCAAACUUGGAGAAAUUGUGACAACGAUUCCCACAAUAGGUUUUAAUGUUGAGACGGUAGAGUACAAGAACAUUAGCUUCACAGUGUGGGAUGUUGGUGGGCAAGACAAGAUCCGACCGUUGUGGCGUCAUUACUUCCAAAACACACAGGGUCUCAUCUUUGUCGUAGACAGCAAUGACAAGGAACGAAUAAGUGAGGCUCGCGAGGAACUCAUGAGAAUGUUGGCAGAGGACGAGCUUCGUGAUGCAGUAUUGUUAGUUUUCGCUAACAAACAGGAUCUUCCAAAUGCAAUGAAUGCAGCAGAAAUAACAGACAAGCUUGGCCUUCACUCUCUCCGCAAUAGAAACUGGUACAUCCAAGCAGCCUGUGCUACCAGUGGUGAUGGUCUCUAUGAAGGACUGAAUUGGUUGUCCAAUCAGCUCAAGAACCAGAAAUAGUAACCUGCUAUCAUCAACUAAUAUACUCUACUGACACUUUACCCUUGAUUUCUACUUUUCUGGAGUUGCAAAGUGAGCUACUUUAUCAAAAGAAGUACUGGAAGGUGCCUUCAUCUCUAACUGCAGCACAUACAGGAGAGGGGGAAUAAUCUAUUCUUGUAAAACUGUUGUCUUAUUUAAUGUAAAUACAUUUGGUUAUAAGAAAUCUUAUUGCAUACUUACUAAACAUCUGGUUCAAAGAAAGUUGAAUCACUUUGUCUGGAUAAACAUGUCCAGAUGAACUGAUUCAACUUUCUUUGAUUUUCUUACCUGGACUGAGCAUGCAUAAAGAUAUUUAAACAUCUGGUUAUUUUCUUGGCAUUUGGGCAUCCGUACUUAUUGGCAAAGGGAGGCAAAGGAUACAGAUGUAUUGACUAACACAGGUUCUGUCACCUCAUUGCAAUCUAAUAAAUUACCUGCUUGUAUAUAAACAUUUAACAUGUACUGUAAGGAAUGUUUCAUUAGGGAGCAUAAUUAUCUAUAAAUGGAUUAGAAACUGCACUGCUUACAGCUUCUUCAAAGGUCACCAGUAUCCAGCCUCUGAAUUUAACAAACACUGGCAUUAACUAGUUGUUACUUGUACUGUGAGAUUACUCACUCAGUCAAGAACUUCUCUGAACACUUAAACAGCAUUAUUUUGUAUGUCAAUUGUUAGCUGGAAUUGAUACGGCAUUAAAAUGCUGUCAUGAUCUCUCAUCUGCUUUACGCAGAGAGGCUAACUAUUCAGUUAGCAUUUAACAGUUGUAGACUGUCUCAGGUAAUCAUCCUCUGCCUUUGUGGUAUACCCAGAUCAGCAAAAUUGCAUGCUGUGGAGUUUUAACGCUUACCAGAUAUGCAAAUGAUUGUCUACAUGGGACUAGUUAAAUGAUUGUUUACAUAAUUAGGCUGUAUGAGAACUAUUACUCCUUAGGUGGAGUGUUUAACGGCCAUGUACUGUAACCUAAUGUGUACUGGACGAUGCAAUAGUAACCAAAUGCAGCUGCGCACUACAAAGUCCCUCAUGUCCCUGCAAUAGGCUCCGUCAAAAAAGACCAGCAUUUUUAUUCAAGAACUGAUUUACAUAAAUUUGGGAGGAGACAUUUUGAUGGCAAUACAAAAUCAGUUUGAGUUAAAUGUGUUAAGUGUACUUCUAUGUAUUUGUUUGCUGCACGUGCUGUCCUUGGGGAAAACAAGAAGCCAUACUUAAGCCUUCUCAUAGAAAACAUGUUGCCUCCAAUGUUCAUACUUAUAAAAAGGUGUGUGUGUGUGUUACUUAACUAAUGAUUUUGAAUUGUAUUAGUUGUGCAGAUUGGUAAAUGCCUAAGUAUUUGUUGAAAACUGAUCUUUUAGCAAAUUGUCAGUUUCUUUUAAAUGUUAAGGUUAGUUUAGCUUUUGUGAGAAGCAGCACUGUAAUUAAAGCAACUGAAUGAAAUGGACCUGCCUUUUAACUUGUAUUCAUUGCUUCACUGUAUGAAAAUAAAUUAAUUUCUGAAUGUUAUGUUGACAAAAUGUUGGUUGUCCCUU